AUGACCAGUACGACAUUAUACGUCCUGCUUUUCUUGCUUCCUCUGUGGCAUGGCGCCAAUGCCCGAGACCUCUGCCCUCCAGGAACUGUAAGCUCGACUGGGGCAGAGCCUUGCAGGGACUGCCCCGCCGGCAGCUUCCAACCUGAUACAGGAAAGAAGUCAUGUUUGGUUUGUCCUAAGGGUACCUACCAAAGCUACGGUGGACGAAGCUCCUGCUACACCUGUCGCCAGGGGGACUAUCAACCAGAAACAGGCAAGACAAGUUGUCGUGAAUGUCCGUCCGGGUCGUUUGGGAGAUGGGAAGGCGCAAUUAGCGCGGGUACAUGCAAAAAGUGUGCGCCUGGAACGUAUCAAAACUACAGCGGACGAAGCUCCUGCUAUACGUGCUCUCAAGGAGACUAUCAACCAAAGGCAGGAAAGAGAAGCUGCUUUGAAUGUCCGCCUGGAUCGUAUGGCAGCAGGGCAGGUGCAACUAGUAGGACGACGUGCAAGAAGUGUGCGCCUGGAACGUACCAAAACUACAGCGGACGAAGCUCCUGCUAUACGUGCUCUCAAGGAGACUAUCAACCAAAGGCAGGAAAGAGAAGCUGCUUUGAAUGUCCGCCCGGAUCGUAUGGGAGGAAAGCAGGCGCGACUAGUCGGGCAACGUGCAAGAAGUGUGCGCCUGGAACGUACCAAAACUACAGCGGACGAAGCUCCUGCUAUACAUGCUCUCAAGGAGACUAUCAGCCAAAUGCUGGAAAGAGAAGCUGCUUUGAAUGUCCGCCCGGAUCGUAUGGGAAGAAAGCAGGCGCGACUAGUAGGGCAACGUGCAAGAAGUGUGCGCCUGGAACGUACCAAAACUACAGCGGACGAAGCUCCUGCUAUACAUGCUCUCAAGGAGACUAUCAGCCAAAUGCUGGAAAGAGAAGCUGCUUUGAGUGUCCGCCCGAAUCAUAUGGAGACAGGGCAGGUGCAACUAGUAGGGCGACAUGCAAAAAGUGCCCGCCCGGCUACCGCCAGCCCUACAGUGGAAGGAGCUCUUGCAAUAAGGUGCGCUGA